AUGUCCGAUCAAUAUGAUCGCGAUCAUCUCACGGCGUCCGAGUACGAGGAUGAGUUUGAGGGAGAACACGAACAUGAACUUGACGAAGAUGCUUCGGAUGAAUCUGCCACUGAAGACGGCAACGACUUUAUCGACAUGGAGGCGGUCGAAUCCGAUAACCAGUCUGAGGAUGAAUUCGACGAGCGCGAGUUUUACUCAUUCCCUCAGUUCUGUCUCCUCCCCAUCGAACUCCGCGCGCUGAUCUGGGGUUUCUUCGAUUACGAUCUGAAAUCGAAAGGGCGGGUUAUGCAGGUCAUGGUGAUGGAGUCGGACCUCUGGCAGAGCGCCGUCUUAGAACAACAGACUGCCUCGGCACGCGCCAUGCUCGCCACCCACAAAGAAAGCCGCGCGCUUGCCUUGAAGUCGUACCCCGACACAUUCACCAUUCGCGGAGGAUCUGCAGUCAUUCGCUGCGAUCCAGACCAGGACAUUAUUCUCUUAUCCGCUCACCAAAUGGUCACGGAGGAUUCAGCCUACGCCAUCACUCGUCAGCUUAGAAACAUUAGGUGUUUCGCCGUGGACGAUAAAGACUUUCGCUUCGACGGAGAAAUUUGGACGGCACUACGCGCCUUAGAGAACGUGAAGACUGUCUACUCCUGCUUUGAAGCUUCCGAAAUGAAACCUCAAGGGUUGCAAGGAUUUGUGUCUAAUGAGGCCAAUAAAUUCUACGUACAGACAACCGAAGAGGAGCCGGGUCUAGGCGAAGAUCUCGAGUUCUUGUAUUGCUGGACUCGUUCGGAGACAAGCCCAGAGACAGCUGCAUAUGAGUUCAUAGAAGCAAACCCAAUCUGGGCAGGCGUUAUGGGCACCGAGAUUUGGCCUAUGGUCAGAUUCUCGUUCGAGAAGGGUCUAAGAUACCACGACAGGAUCAAGUUUGCCACCUUGCGCGAGGGCGAAUGGGAGGACAAAUGGGUUCCCGGUUCCGAAGCUGACUCUGAAGAUGGAUCUGCGGGCUCCGACGACGAAGACGACGACGACGAGGAUGAGUCCGAUCUUGAUGGUUUCAUCGUUGACGAAUCACUUGGUGAGGGCGAAGAGUCAACCGCGGACGAGGUCGAGGAUACGGUGGUGGACCAAUCAUCUGACGAGGAUCAUGUGUCGACAUUCAAUGGCUUCUCUUCUCCUCAAGAUGACACCGGUCUGACUGAGGACGACGGCAUCACAGCGGCUCGUUUCUCCAGCCUAGAGCCGGAUCCGGAUCCAGCUGGCGCUGACGACUCGGAUGAUUCCGUAGUCGAAGUGCCACCCCCCAUUGCCAAGGCACACAAGCGGCAUAUCGUAUCUUCUGAAGAAGAAGAAGAUACGGACGACGAUAGCGAAGCCCGCAAGAGACAGCCACGCCCUACCAAGCGCGCUCGGAUUGUCCUUUCCGAUACCGAGGAUGAAGGCAACAGUGACACCAGAGACGAGGACCGAAAAAGUACGAAGAAGCAGUCUCGCGGUACCAAACGACAACGCGUCGUGCUUUCUGAUUCCGAAGACGAGGACAGCGUUCAAGAGAUCUCUCCACCUGCUAGACACGGUGGGGAUGCUGCGGAGGAAGAUGAACGCUCGCAGGAAGAUUCUGACGACGAUGACGGAGAGGAGGAUUCGGAUGAGGAGCCAGCUAAAGAAAAGCAGAUGUCGCUCCUUGCUCGAAUACAGCAGUUUCGGUCCGAUGUCCCCGUCCCAGAUUCUGGAUCCGAUGCAGAGUCUCGUGCCUCCGCACUAGACGAUGACGACGCCCGCAGCGACUUCCAGGAUGACGAAGAUGACAAGGAUGUCUUGGAACUAGGAGGAGAUGAGGAAUACGACGAGGGUGAGGAUGCUUGGUAA